CCGAAGCCGUCAGCCUUUCUAUUCUGCUGCGUGGAUUAUUUUUGCUGAAGCAUUUGCAAUUUCUUUCCGCCUUUUUUGGGGGAGGACUUCGCUGCCUUCCGAAGAUCUUGACCAACGCUCGGGCUCUGUGGGAAGGCUUUGGGCUGUCCGGCCUUGGAUUUUGCAUUUCUUCCUUGGAACUGUCGUGGGGCUGUUUUCCACUGUGGAUUAUAACUGCAACAUGACGCUGGAAGAGCUCGUGGCGUGCGACAACGCGGCGCAGAAGAUGCAGACGGUGAGCGCCGCGGUGGAGGAGCUGCUGGUGGCCGCGCAGCGCCAGGACCGCCUCACCGUGGGGGUGUACGAGUCGGCCAAGCUGAUGAAUGUGGACCCUGACAGCGUGGUCCUGUGUCUCCUGGCCAUUGAUGAGGAGGAAGAAGAUGACAUCGCCCUGCAGAUCCACUUCACGCUCAUCCAGUCUUUCUGCUGUGACAACGACAUCGACAUCGUGCGGGUGUCGGGCAUGCAGCGGCUGGCACAGCUGCUGGGCGAGCCAGCCGAGACCCAGGGCACCACCGAGGCUCGGGACCUGCACUGCCUCCUGGUCACGAACCCUCACACAGAUGCCUGGAAAAGCCACGGUCUGGUGGAGGUGGCCAGUUACUGUGAAGAGAGCCGGGAGAACAACCAGUGGGUCCCCUACAUCUCCCUCCAGGAGCGCUGAGACCCUUCCCAGCCUCAGAACCUGUUGCUGCCAAAAAAUAAAAAUAAAAUAAAUAUUUGACCCCCUCCACCCCAGAACAACCCUCCAAAACAACCCAACCCAGGAGACCAUCGGGGGCAGGAUCGUUGGAGACUGAAGACAGGAGAGGGGAGUGCACGGCCACCCCGGGGGCGGUGAGCCCGGAGCAGCGCCAGCAGCGGCCACCGUGUGAGGAGAAGAGGGGCCCCAGGCCAGCAGAAGAGGGGACCCUGGAGCUCGGGCCUGGUGACCGAGCAGAAGCUGGAGUGGGGGAGCUGCUGCCUCCCCGCAUCGGAGGGCCUGGACUCUGCAUUUGGGGGUGGGGUGAGACUGACUGCAUCCCCCCUCUUCUUGAGACCGCAGCUGACAUCUGCCAACGGGCCUUGGUUGGCCGAGGGUCUGCACCCUGGCCAGGAUUAUACUUUGGGACUUGGGAGCAGGGGCUGAUGUUGCUCUGUACCCACGAACUCCCAGUUUGCAAACUGAACAAUCUAUUUUGUUACUUGCACUUGUUACUUGAACCACUGAAAGAGUAAUGAGAUACAUAUAUUUUUACUUCUAUGAUGGCCUUGUAAUAAAUUUCUAAAGCUUC